AUGAUGGACAGACGUGCGGCACAAACAAUAAUGGAUCAAAGCGCGGGCGAGCUACUAGAGCGUAAAAUAAGUGAGUGCAUUGCCUCUAAGGAUUGGAGAAAAGUAAUUAACAUUGGACAGGCAUCAUCGUUUGAAGAGCGCGUGAAAUAUCUUUGGGUUUGGCCAUUGGAAAAGGAUCUUGAGAAGAUACAUGCUUGCUUUAGUCGGUUCGACAUAAACAGGUUACUCAGUAUCGGCUGUGGAACGGGUUUACUAGAGUGGCUGAUCCAUAGUGCAACUGGUAUCCACAUAUCAGGCGUCGAAUUAGAUGAACGCUGGUGGAGGUCGAAGUAUGCAACGAAAACUUACAUUCCUUUGGUAUUUGCGGAAACUCAGUGCAACGUGAUUCAAGGCCAACCCCUUUGGGAUUCGAUAAUGUUCUGCUAUUUCAAUAAUGGCCCAGCAUUCUGUGAAUAUAUGGAUAACUUCAAUGGUAAAUAUGUGAUCAUUGUUGGACCUAGAGAUGGUCAAGGAAUUCAUACCGAUCCGUUACCUUCCCGGGUAAAUUUUCCACACGGUCAGUAUUGGGAACGCUGUUGUGAAAUGCAGAUAGGAAGUGAAAAUUUGAACUGCAUUGUUAUAUACAGAAGACAAUGAAAUAAAAUAAGUUUUUAAUGUU